GGUGGUGUUGAACAAGCUCCUCUACCUCUCUCUAUCUCUCUCUAUUUAAGAUCCUCUUUUUCCCUUUUUUCUACUUUCUUUUAACUUCUCCUUCCUUUUUCAACCUCCCUUUUUUCUUUCUUUCUUUUUUUUCUCUCUCUCCUCUUCUUCCUUUCUUUGUUUAUUAAUUCGGCUUUUUUUUGUAGCUGCCUGUUUUCCUUCCUUAUUCCUCUCCCCCACUUUCUUUCAUACAUAAAAAUACAGUGCUAUUGAAUAUUGAUUGAUUGCUCUGUGUGUGUGUGUGUGUGCGUGCGUGUAUAUAUAUAUAUAUAGAGAGAGAGAGAGAGAGGUUGUGAAUUUGAGUUGUGUGAUAUAAUAUAGGCCAGGCCUUCUGUAUACACGUUUGUAGUCUGUAAAUUUAAAUUAGAAAUCGGAAAAAUCGAUCGGAUUGUGUUGGGGAAUACUCUAGCUGGGUUUUGUUUGUUUGGUAUUCAUCAACAUCCUCCUUGUGGUAUAGCAAGCUGCGAACACAGAAUAUAUAGCAUACAUACAUAGGUAUACAUAUAGAUCGAUCCAUCUACCCAAGGGUUUUUUAUCAAUAUUAAUAUGGAAGAUCAAGCAAUAGUGGUGAACAAGCCGGAAGAAGAGCUCAUCGAUUUACCCCCGGGCUUUCGAUUCCAUCCCACGGAUGAGGAGAUUAUAAGCUAUUACCUGACGGAGAAGGUCCUCAACUGCAACUUCAGUGCAAGUGCUAUAGGAGAAGCUGAUUUGAAUAAGUCUGAACCUUGGGAUUUGCCAAAGAAAGCAAAGAUGGGAGAGAAAGAGUGGUACUUCUUCUGCCAGAGAGAUAGAAAGUAUCCAACAGGGAUGAGAACCAACCGAGCAACAGAAUCGGGGUACUGGAAGGCCACCGGAAAGGACAAAGAGAUUUACAAAGGCAAAGGCGGCGGAGGCGGCAGCGGCAGUUGCCUCGUCGGGAUGAAGAAGACCCUUGUCUUCUACAAAGGAAGAGCUCCCAAAGGAGAGAAGACCAACUGGGUCAUGCAUGAAUACAGACUCGAAGGCAAAUUCUCUUACUACAACCUUCCCAAGUCUGCCAAGGAUGAAUGGGUGGUGUGCAGGGUGUUCCACAAGAACAUGGGCAUCAAAAAGAGUAUCCCAAAUAUGAAUCCAAUACAAGGAGGCCUGCUCAUGAGGAUGAGCUCUGUGGAUAACGACAGUGAUCAUCUGCUAAUAGAUAGCUGUUCACUCCCACCUCUCAUGGAUAUUAAUCCUUAUGAUGGGAGACAUGACCACCAGCAGCAGCAGCAGCAGGAGUUGAUCAAGGGGACCACCACAGUACCAUCACCCACAACGAGAACAUCUCAAUCUCAAGGAGCUUACUUUAACUACUUGUCUAAUAUUGGCUCUAAUAAUGACAACCAUCAACAGCAGCAAACGAAGCAACACAACCAGAGCCCGAACCCCAACCAGAUGAUGAUGUUGAAGAGCUUGCAGCAGCUUCCCACCUCCACUAGUACUAGUUACCAAGCUCCUAGCCUCCUCAUGACUAACCACCACCCCAUCCUCUACUCUCAACUACUCCCAAAUAUUCCUCCUUCUCCUCCUCCUCCUCAUUAUUCCAACUUAAUCCACCCAAAUUUAUCAUCAACUCUGAUCAAUAAUCUGGGAGGUUAUUUUGAACCACCUGCAGGUGGCAAUAACACCAGUGAUUACGGUCAUCAUCAUCAUCAUCCUCAUCAGCAAGCUAGUGGUGGUAAUUAUAAUAAUAAUAAUAAUGACGGGUUAAUAUUGGAGAUGAGGCAGUGCAAGGUGGAGCAGUUGUCAUCUAAUAACCAGUCUAUGGUUAGCCUCUCCCAGGACACUGGUCUGAGCACUGACGUCAACACCACGGCUGAGAUCUCAUCAUCGGUUCAUGUUUCCAAGCCUGAUGAUGGUCAAGCAGCAGCUCCAUCUAUCCCUCCCAUUUCAGACAUUGAAGCCUUUAAUUGGGAUGACUUCUGAUCCAUCUUUUAUGUACAUCCAUCAAUUUUAUUAAAUUAUUUUGCAGGUUUGCCUUUGCUUUUUCCUACAACAUAUAUUCCAUCUGUUUCAUAUUUAUACAUAUGUAGUAGUAGUACCCUUCUUUUUUAAGGGGGUUCAGCUUGUUUAAUUAUUAGGUACUUAAUUAGUCAUCAGAAAGAAGUUCUUUACAUAUAUGUAUAUAUAUAUAUAUAUAUAUAUAUCCGCAGUUUCAGAUUACAUUUUUAUUGAUUGAUCAUGUAUAGGAUACCAAAAGAAAGAUUUCAUGAUUAUUAUGGAAACUCAUGUAAAUCUAUUCUUUAAUUUCAUUAUAUUAGUGGAUCGAUUUGCUUGUU